AUGGCGGCUUCAAUUCGACCGCAACCGCGGAGGGGACCUUCUGGAGCAUGGAGUCGAUUGAAGCCCGUGGCCAUGGAUGCUCUGGAUGUAUACGGCCUACCAUCCAAAGGCGAGGCAAGACUCCACGAAUACAAAAACCAGGAAAACUACUACACCAAAAUCGUCGAACGCUACAUGAAAUUCUGCGCCUCAUCCAACGGAGGCGAUGACCUCGAAGCGGCCUUUUCCUCUCUCACAGUCAAAGACAAAACCUCCCCACUAUCCCUCCCUCAACCCACUCCCCUCUCAAACCCCUCUUCCAAACCACCUCUCACAACCCGCCUGUCAGACCCAGCCCACCAUCAAUCCGACCUCCCAAACAUCCUCCUCGCAAUGCGCAAACUCCGUGAAGGAAUUCUCGGAUCGCGCCGCAAAGACAAUUUCGCCCAAAGAGCCUACAUGUUCAUCAUCCACGCCAGCAUCCUCACCAAAUCCUGGGAAUCCUACCAACCAGCACUCCUCUACCUCCUCCAAGAAAUCCAUCCUCACACCCCACUUUCUCAACCGGAAUUUCAGGAAUUCGCGGGUUAUCGAAUCCUCGAUAUAGCAUGUCGACAAGGUGAUCUUCUGGAUGCAUUGUCUGCGAAGAGUGAUUAUCAACAUCAAAGUCGUAAAGUCACGGCGGUGUUGAAGGCGUUGGUGCAGGAUGAUUGGGUGAGAUUCUGGAGGGUAAAGAGGGCGGUGGAUGGGUAUCAGAGGGCUAUCAUGGAGUUUGCUGUUGAUAGGAUGCGGUUGCAUGCGUUGAAGUGUUUGGGGAAGAGUUAUAUGAGUGCUGAUAAGGCGUUUGUUGAGAGGAGUGGGGAUGCCGUGUGGGAAGAUUUAGUGAAGGGCGGCGUGGGAUGGCAGUUGCAGGAGAGUACGGGGAGUGUGGUUAUCAGAAAGCCGAAGCCGAAGUGA